AUGCCGGGCGUGUCGAGCUUCCGCUCAGUGACGACUUCCUUUAAACGUCUCGUGUUUGAAACCCAGCACGAAGGAAUUUUCUGGUGCAUGCUCUCUAUAGUUGAAUCUAGUGGUGUGCCCAGAGAGAGAGAGGGAGAGAAAAAGAGUGAAAUUCCACGCGCGGCGUCUAAAAUCCGUUGUCAUGAGUGGAGUGGGUUCAGUUCCGCUUCUGCCAUGAACUCGGCUUCAUCAUGGCUCAUGAAAGAGGACCACGGCAGACUGCUUCCUCAUUAUGCAAAUUGGUUAUUGCAGGGGCUGAGAGACUGCAAGAUGAACGCGGAAUUAUCCAACAAAGUCGCUCUCUUCAACCAAGUGGCGGACAAUCACAAGGAGAAGCAGAUGAUAAACCCUUUCUCCUCGUGGGAUGGCGCUUCUCACCGCCGCAAACUGGACAAAUCAGACGCUUCCUAUGGAAAGAGCAAAAAAGGAAAGGAUGGUCUUCAGCGAUCGAGGAAAACUAUAAUUACCGGGGUUUGUUUCCUGGGCAAACAAGAUGUGGAACAGCGGAAAGACCGAGCUGUUCCGACGACCCAGAUCAGGUCGUGUUCGUCGAAGACCCAUUAA